UCCGUCUCUGAUACCGGGAAGUCUACGGAUAGGGCGGUCUGGGGAGGAGACCUUGAAUGAUCUUUGAAAAAGGCUGUAUGCCGUAUACUACGUGGAGCCCAUGAAACGUCUCGUGGAAUGGAUGUAUGUCUUGGUGUCGUGGCAGAUGCCAUCACGGGCAGUUCUGGGUGUCGUUGCCCAAAUCGACCCCCUUCGUGGUGCAACUGAUGUGGGUUCGACGAAGUACACGCAACAUUGCAAAAUGUGGCUCUUUGCGCCACGGGGAUGGUUUGGACUCUUUCGAAUCCGUAUACGGCCUGAACAUCGAGCAGCGAAGUCAAUGGCCUAGGACGCUGAACUCGGCAGCCAUGUACCGGCCCAUGUCACCACUUCUGGAUCUUGCGCAAAGCGGUACAAGUAUGAAAAGACAUCGCGCCAAUGCCUGUCUGCCAUCAGGCCGACGUAGGAACUCUCGUGUUCGUCUCGCCGUAACAAUGGGCUGUAAUCCAUCGAGACCUCUCAAUAGCUUACAAACAGACGUAGACCAGACCCUGCCCACGCACUAUCCACUGACCGUAACUCGUCCGCCUCGAUACUCAUAUAAUGAGCAUAACGAAGCGUGUCGCCUGCUCCGGCCUUGGACUGUGCGAGGCGCAAAGUCCCGCAGCUUCAUGUUCGUUGUUCAUGUCAUCAAUAACAGCUUGCUAGAUAGGUCGCAAACGCUUGCCCAGAUCAGGCUGCUGAGCCACUUGCAGCAGCUCGCAUACAUCCAUAAGCUUCAGGUUUUGGUCAAGUGUCUGGAUUACUUGUCUGAUACCGAUGAUGACCCAUACGCGGCGGAUGAGAAACAACUCUAUCAGGGCAUGCUAGCAGCGCGAUCCAAGGCAGAAAUGAUCCGUCUGUGGGACGACAGACCGCCGACGGCGAGUUCUCCGAGCCCCGAAGAGAUCACAACUGCCGAGCAUCGGAUCAGCGCCGUCAUCGACCAGGUUCGACGUAGUCGGGAUGUAGGCGACGUAGAUGUCAAACACCAAAUAGAACCAGAGAUCGUUGCGGCGCUCUCUCGUUUUGCCAAGAGCUGGACCCUGAACGACUUCAUGGAUACGCACGAAAAGAUCAUGGGCGAGCCGCCGACGUUGAAUGCGGCUGGCAUAUCGAAGCUGCAGGCCCAGUUCAUACUGCAAGCCCAAGUCGCCCGUGCGAGCCUGACAAGUGACAACGGAGCGACGCCGACCAUCUCCGUCAGCUUCUUGCCGGACGACGUCCCUAACGUAACGCUCAUCAACAUCAAAAAGCAGUGGAAGGCACUAUUCGUCCCGCUGGCGAAACGCGUCAAAGAGUCGGAAAAGUCCCUGCGUCAAGAUCUCUACACGAUGCAGCUCGUCUCUCUCGGGUCUGCGCAUAGCAAGGGCGGACAGCAGUGGAAAGAACUGGAUGAGCUGGGGCAGGCCGGCAUGGACAUCAUCGACCAUCUCCACCUGGACGCGGGCCAGAUACUGCUGCGGGGCCCGGGCCCGCUCCUCGGCCAAAAAAUGCUGCUGGGCUCUGUGGGCCCUGUCGCCGACCGAGCGAAGGCAAGACGAGAGUCGGAGGCGGGUCUGUACGGCACGGGAGGUUCUCAAGCGACAUACGAGGACAUGGACGCGUGCGUUUGCCAGACGCAAGGCAUGGUUCCGGGAGUCGAGUACGUGCAACUGAGUCAAGAUGCGUAGCAGAGGGUGAUUCUCGGCGCCUAUCAAUGUCAUAUAAUCUCUGUGGGUCUAGUUAAUAAUGCUUCUUCGGAUGGAAGUGACACUGCGACAUGCGCUGUAUUUUCAUGACA